GUUUGAGAGCACUGUGCAGGUUGGCAAACUACAGGACCUUAUCAACCGAAGUAAGAUGGCGAGGUGUAGAGGACGAUUUGUUUGCCCAGUCAUUCUGUACAAGGGAAAGCAUAUUUGCAGAUCAGCAACGCUGGCCGGCUGGGGAGAGCUCUACGGGCGUACUGGCUACAACUACAUCUUCUCAGGAGGCUCUGAUGAUGCUUGGGCAGAUGCAGAAGACAUUUCAGAGGAAGAUUCUGCACUUAGAAAUGCAGACUCACAGCUGUUUGACAAGGUCAGAGGGCACGACAUCAAGCUGCUUCGAUACCUGUCUGUCCGAUACAUCUGUGACCUGAUGGUGGAAAACAAGAAGGUGAAGUUUGGCUUGAACGUGACGUCUUCUGAGAAGGUGGACAAAGCUCAACGUUAUGCUGAUUUCACGCUCCUCUCCAUCCCAUAUCCAGGCUGUGAAUUUUUUAAGGAGUACAAAGACCGGGAUUAUACAGCUGAAGGUCUCAUAUUUAACUGGAAACAGGAUUACGUAGAUGCUCCAUUAAGUAUCCCAGUCUCUCUGACCCAAUCUCUGAAUAUUGAUUGGAGCGAGUACCAGAGCUGGGACCUCGUGCAACAAACGCAGAACUACCUGAAGCUGCUGAUCUCCAUCAUCAAUAGCGAUGACGACAGCGGGCUCCUGGUGCACUGUAUUUCCGGCUGGGAUCGAACUCCUCUCUUCAUCUCCUUAUUGCGCCUCUCCUUAUGGGCUGAUGGGCUGAUCCACACAUCCCUGGAGCCGUCUGAGAUUCUCUACCUGACAGUGGCCUAUGAUUGGUUUCUCUUUGGGCACAUGUUAGUCGAUCGACUCAGUAAAGGAGAAGAGAUUUUCUUUUUCUGCUUCAAUUUUCUGAAGCACAUCACCUCUGAGGAGUUCUCUGCUGUGAAGUCGCAGAGAAGGAAGAGUUUGCCACCUGGCUUCACCCUGGAAGAGAUCUGCAUGCUCAAGCAAAGAGACCGAGGCAGCACUACAAGUCUGAGCAGCGACUUCUCCCUGGGGAUGGAGAGCUCCCCUGGAGCAGCUGGGAGCUUCACCUAUGAAGCGGUGGAGCUGAUGCCAGCAGGAGCACAGGCUCAAGCAGCAUGGAGGAAGAGCUGUGCAUCAUCACCGCAAGCCGUGCUCUGGAGCAGGGCACAGCAGUCUGAAGACAGGCUGCCUUCCACGGGGAUGGUCGAAGUGAAGUCCUCCAGCUCCUCCUCAUCCACCCAUUCUGAUAACUUCCUGAGGAUUGGAAGCAGCCCACUGGAAGUGCCCAGAUCCAG